AACAAAAGUAUUUUGUUUUGUCUUUUCUUUCUUUUUUAAAAGCAUAUCCUUUUGUUAUUCAGAGCUUGAAAGUUGUCUCUGUUUAUCAAGACCAUGUCGUCUACUUCCUUCACCGACCUCCUUGCUUUUUCCGGCGUUGACUGCUACGAAGAAGACAAAGACUUUCAUGGCGGGAUUUACCCGGACAGAACCGGGUCGGGUUUACCCAAGUUCAAGAUGGCGCAGCCUUCUCUUCUUCCCAUUUCUCAAUCUUUCGCCUUCUCCGAUUUACUUGACUCUCCUCUUCUUCUCAGCUCCUCUCAUAGUUUGAUAUCUCCGACGACAGGAGCGUUUCCAUUUCAAGGCAACCACUCAGAUUCCCCAUGGCAGCUACAAUCGCAAACGCAACCGUCAAACGCUUCUUCUGCUUUUCCAGACACAUAUUGUGUUCAAGAUCUCCACAAGAAGAAGGAUCCGGUUCCUCGUGAAUUUGCAGCACACAGUUUGGGAUCAGAUCGCCAGGUUAAGGUACCAUCUUACAUGGUGAGUAGGAACUCUAAUGAUGGUUAUGGUUGGAGAAAAUACGGCCAGAAACAAGUGAAGAAAAGCGAAAACCCUAGGAGUUACUUCAAGUGUACGUAUCCUAAUUGUGUUUCCAAGAAGAUUGUUGAGACUGCUUCUGAUGGACAGAUCACUGAGAUCAUCUACAAAGGAGGUCAUAACCAUCCUAAGCCUGAGUUCACCAAGAGACCAUCAGGAUCAACAUCAUCAUCGGCUAAUGCAAGAAGAAUGUUUAAUCCUUCUUCUGUUGUUAGUGAAACACAUGAUCAGUCAGAGAGCUCUUCCAUCUCGUUUGACUACAGUGAUCUUGAGCAGAAAAGCUUUGAAUCUGAGUAUUUUGAGAUAGAUGAAGAGGAGGAACAACCUGAGAUUAAGAGGCUGAAAACAGAAGGUGGAGAUGAAGGAAUGUCUGUCGAAGUAAGCAGAGGAGUGAAAGAACCAAAAGUUGUUGUUCAAACACUAAGUGACAUCGAUGUUCUUGUAGAUGGCUUUAGAUGGAGGAAGUAUGGUCAAAAAGUGGUCAAGGGAAAUACUAAUCCAAGGAACUAUUACAAGUGCACAUACCAAGGUUGUGGAGUGCGGAAGCAAGUAGAAAGAUCUGCAGAAGAUGAGAGAGCGGUUCUCACUACCUAUGAAGGAAGACAUAAUCAUGAUAUCCCAACCACGCUACGUCGCUCAUGAAAACAAAAACGUUCUUGAGACUUGAUCACUAGUAAUAUCAUCUUAGGAUUUGGAAAAAAAAAAAAACUCUUACUAUGGUUGUCUUUUGUGCUCAUUACAGUUUGUUUAUUUGUCUGUAACAGUCAGUACUUUGUUGUUGUACAGAGUGGUACUGGUGGUUAGUAGUUUUAAAGAACCUCUAUUCGUGUGUGUGACUUAAAUACUUAGAGUCCAUUUUAUUUUAUUUUAUUUUAUUAUCUUGUGUUCCAGUACAUUUCACAUUCAAGAUUGAUAAGCAAUUGUAAUGUUAUGUAGUCCA